UCAGAGAGCGGCAACGGGACGUCACGUCGGGCCCGGGGCAGGCGAAGGAGUCGGAGCAGCGCGCGCGCGCACGGGGGGAGCCGGGGAAACGGUCUGUUUCAUUCUUCCCCUCGGUUUGACUCGACACCAUCGCAUUCUUAAAACCCGGCUCCAGCGUCUCUGUUCUUUUGUUUUCACUCCUUUCCGAUUUACCGGCGAGGUUCCAUCAGUGUUGGGUCCGCCCGCCGGACGCCGGCCUCUCGCACGACCGUUGGUCCGCGUACGCGUCGACAGCCUCGCUGAUUGGACGGCGUUCGAUGCUAGUCUGGUCACUGAUUGGGUGCUGCUCGAAAUCCUUGCGAUUGGGCGAUAUUCCGAGCAGACCGGGAUCGUUGAUUGGGUGUCGUUUGGAGCGCGCUCACCGAUUGGUGGACCCGGAACCGUGUUCUGAUUGGUCAUAUUGAUAUCCCGUUUGUUGUUUGGCUAACGAAGCCGUGCCCCCAUUGGCUGACGCUGAACUGCUUUGUUGGUUGGUUGCUCCAGCGGUUCGUUCGUUGAUUAGUGGACGCUGACCCGUUCUCUGAUUGGAUGACGAUGGCGCUGAUUUGUGUCCUAGUUCUCUUGCUCUCUCUGAACAGCGCAGGCGCCGUGGAGGUGAAGCGACCCCAGGGGGUCUCCCUAUCUCAUCGGCACUUCUAUGAUGAGACCAAACCAUUUACAUGUCUGGAUGGCUCCAAAACCAUUCCAUUUGAUGAGGUGAAUGAUGACUACUGUGACUGCAAGGAUGGCUCAGAUGAACCAGGAACAUCUGCCUGUCCAAAUGGUAGCUUCCACUGCACGAACGCUGGACACAGACCCCGUUACAUUCCAUCUUCCCGUGUGAACGAUGGCAUUUGUGAUUGCUGUGACACAACAGAUGAAUACAACAGCGGUGCUUCGUGUGAAAAUACUUGCAAGGAACAAGGCCGCAAGGAGAAGGAAGCCUUGCAGAAAAUGGCAGAAAUUGCCAAGGAAGGAUUCCGACUGAAACAGCAGCUCAUUGAAGAAGCAAAGAGAAGUAGGGAAGAGAAACAGCAAACUCUCUCAGAGCUACAGAAGAAGAAGGAAACCUGGGAAGCACAGGUUGAAUCACUGAAGGCAAUAAAGGAAGCGGCAGAGAAGCCUGAACAGGAAGCAAAAGAAGUUCAUAAGAAAGCAUGGGAUGAGGUCCAAGCUGCACGUAAAGUAGAGAAGGAGAAAGCUAAGGCUGCUGAAACAUUCAAGGAGCUGGAUGACAAUGAGGACGGCUUUGUUUCAGUAAACGAAAUUCAGACUCAUGCAGAGUUGGACAGCGACGCAGAUGGUGUGGUGUCUGAGCAAGAAGCUGAGAGUUUGCUGGGAGGUCUCAGACAGGUUGAUCUUAGCAGCUUCCAAGAGUCAAUCUGGACAGGUAUUCAGGACAGGUACAAGUCUGAGGCAGUGAUUGAAAGCCCAACACCCCCUGAGAUCCCUGUGAAGGAGGGGACAGACAGCUACCCAAAAUCUCACCAGGAAGAACUGACCAAAGAUGACCAUGAUGAGGAGGAUGAUGGUGGUGGUGAGGACCGAGAUGAUGACGAUGACGAUGAUGAUGAGGGUGAUGACGAGGAGGAAGAUGAUGGAGGCGAAGAUGAUUAUAAGGACCAACAAUCUUCAUAUUUCUCGGAAAAGCACGAUGCAGAUGAUGAGAAAAUGCCACCGUAUGAUCAAGAAACGCAGGCUCUGAUUAACGCUGCCGAUAAAGCACGAGAUGAGUUCACCGAAGCAGAGAAAUCGCUGAGGGAGGUGGAGACUUCGAUUGGGAGUCUCGAGCGGGAGCUUACCAUUGACUUUGGACCUGAUGGAGAAUUUGCAUAUAUGUUUAACCAGUGUUAUGAAAUGACGACAAAUGAGUAUGUCUACAAGCUUUGCCCGUUCAGUAAAGUGGCACAGAAACCCAAACACGGAGGUUCAGAAACCAGUCUUGGUGUAUGGGGCUCGUGGGCUGGACCUGAAAGUAACAAGUUCACUGCGAUGAAGUAUGAGCAUGGUACUGGCUGUUGGCAGGGGCCCAGUAGAACCACCUUGGUGAAGCUGUCCUGUGGCAAAGAAACUGUCGUGCUGUCCACUUCAGAGCCCAGCCGCUGUGAAUACCUGAUGGAGUUUUCGACGCCAGCCCUUUGCCAGGAGGAGAUGAAUGGGGAAGGAACAGAACAUGACGAAUUGUGAGAAUUGGGUUCUUGGAACCUCAUUGGUGAAGAAACAGACAAGAUGAGUUUGCUGGAGCCUGCAGCACUGUUGACCCCAGCAGGCAUCCUUACACUCAUGGACCAGUUUAAUUUUUUUUUAAUUGAAGCCCCUCCUCUCUUUGGGCACUUUUCCAAAAUGAUACCUUUCCUCUGAGAAAAGACUUCCUCAUCAUUGGCCCCUUGGAACUAAAUCACAGCUCUGCAGAAUUCUUUUUUCUUUCCAAGUUGAUAUGCAUUCUUUCUUCCUUCCUACACCUCCCACGUCUGUGAGACACAGUGACUUAGCUCAGCAUCCAGUCUCAACCAACACGCUGCUUACACCAUGAAAUACAGUUGCCUUUUUAUUUUUUUAAAAAAAAAGCUUGAUAAUAAAAUUUAACAGGAGGAAAUCCAUCUGGCUGAUUUCAGAAGCUGCAGCAUGCACAGUAGACUGUUUGCAUCCCUCUCGGAAAUAAGUCAUGUUUUAGUAAGAGAGUGAAAUCUGUUUCGGUCUGAGUUCGGGAUUCUUUGCGUACUGCUUCUGUAACUUCUAGUUUUGAGGAUUCUCUCGUGCGUGUUCUCUUUUUCGUGUGCUCUUCCUCAUGUGCUGUCACCUCCCCAUUUGGAAACCAGGUCCCACAAUCUGUUAAUGAAUCCUAUAUGUGGUUUCUUUUUGUUUCAAAAGUAAUUUUUAAACACACUCUCACACUCACACUUGCAGACCUGGAUGUUUUGUUGUUGAAAGCCCCCCUCCUGCCCACCAUAUCCUUCCCUUUUUUUGUGGUUAAUAGCUUGCUUUGGAACCUUUGCAGUCCUCCCUCGCUGGGAGACCAGGACAUUGUGAAUUUUGGAGAAGGGGGUGUUGGUAUUGCUCAGGACACAGCUGGCUGGAUUCAGGCAGACUGAAGCAGAUUACCAGGCGCUAGUUUUUUUUCCUGCACUUCCGUAGAGGCAAAUAUUCCUUCCUUUUUGUUGCUUUGCCACUUUUGGUGUUCCAUAAUGACAGAAGCCAGCAGUUAUACAUACGCAUGGAGAAACUGUGAUGAUAAUUGUUGACUGAUUUUUUUUUUUACUGCUUCAUGGAUUUUUGGGUCUUGUGGAUUCAUCACUGAAUUCUGCUUCCUCCAAAUAGCUCAGAGUCCCGUCCCCUCCAUUGUGUGCUUGAGGUAAAUGGGAUUCAGGUGCAUACCCAGGAGUCCAGUUGAGCCUUUUAUCGGCACUUCAAUCAAGCCCAGCUUUUGUAUUCCUCCCCUUGGCUGUGACCAAACAAUCGUGUCUUAAAAAAUUUUUGAAUAGGAUCAAUGUAUAUUUUUAUUGGAUACAAUCUCUCUCGUGCUCUCUCUCUUUCUCGCUGUCUCUCUCUCUCUCUCUCACUAAGCUGCGAUGGUUGUUUGUGCCCCCCUUCCCUUUUUUUUCAGUGCCUGUCUGUCCUCUCAGCUGUCUUGCAAUCACUUGCAGCCACGAUCGAGUGAAACUGCAGGAGGGUUAAAUGAAUAACUUCAUGGUGACAAAUGAAAAUAAACUGGUGGUUGGAGAUGUA